AUGGACCAUAUCACAGUGCCCAAGGUCCAGUGCCACUUCCACCCAGCUCGGGAGGCUUGUGCUGACUCGCCGCCACCCGGCCUGUCCCGACAUGGUGAGACGUGUCCCAAAUGCUACUGCUCAUGUCAGCCCACGUGUGCAGGCCAACCAGCCAGCAAGGUAGAAAAUGUGAAAUUAUUGGAUCAUUAUGUGGGUAAGAAACCAGCUAAUGGGAUUCUCUAUCUCACUGCAACCCACCUGAUACAUGUGGAGGCUUGUGCAGCCCAGAAAGAAACAUGGAUUGUACUCCAUCACAUUGCCACUGUGGAGAAGUUGCCCAUCUCUAACCUGGGCUGUCCCCUGAUCCUCCACUGCAAGAACUUUCAGGCGGCCCACUUUGUUUUAGACUUUGACAUUGUAUGCCAUGAAGUUUAUGUUUCAUUGCUCAAGCUUUCUCAGCCAGCAUUACCUGAAGAUCUUCAUGCUUUUUCUUAUAAUCCCUAAUAUUCAAAAGAGAUGAGGGAAAAUUGAUGGAAACUGAUUGACCCCAUAUCAGACUUUGGGUGUAUGGGAAUACCCAACAGGUACUGGACCAUAACAGAUGCCAACAGAAACUAUGACAUAUGCAGUGCAUACCCUCCUGAAAUAGUGGUUCCUAAAUCUGUUACCUUGGGAACAGUGGUUGGAAGUUCGAAGUUCAGAAGUAAAGAACGUGUCCCUGUGCUCUCCUACCUCUACAAAGAGAACAAUGCUGCCAUUUGCCGCUGUAGCCAACCCCUGUCUGGAUUCUACACUCGCCGCAUAGAUGAUGAGCUCUUGCUAGAGGCCAUUAGUCAAAUGAACCCAGGGAACCAGUUUAUGUAUGUUGUAGACAAAAGACCAAAGAGGAUGUUAUUUGGCAACCUAUUUACUAAACCAGCAUGCUAUGUGAAGGUUGCUUGUGCUGCUUUUUGUCUCUUGUCUUCACAGGCAAUGAAAGUAGAAAAGGCCAAUGUCUUAGUCCAUUGUUCUGAUGGGUGGGAUGGCACAGCACAAGUCUGCUCUAUGGCCAGCAUCCUCCUAGAUCCAUUUUAUAGAACUUUCAAAGGACUCAUGAUAAGAGAGCAAGAGAUUAUCUGGCAUAUCUUACUGCUCAUAAUGAAAAUAGUCCUGCUCCAUUCAGCCAAGAUGAACCUCAUGGACAUCACCAAGAUCUUCUCCCUCCUGCAGCCAGACAAGGAGGAGGAGGACACUGACACAGGGGAGAAGCAGGCUCUCAAUCAGGCAGUAUAUGACAAUGACUCCUAUACACUGGACCAGCUUUUGCGCCAGGAGCGUUACAAACGUUUUAUCAACAGCAGGAGUGGCUGGGGCAUUCCUGGGACACCCUUGCGUUUGGCUGCUUCUUAUGGCCACCUGAGCUGUUUGCGGGUCCUCCUGGCACAUGGCGCUGACGUCGACAGCCUGGAUGUCAAGGCACAAACGCCCCUUUUCACUGCCGUCAGUCAUGGCCAUCUGGACUGUGUGCGUGUGCUUUUGGAAGCUGGCGCUUGUCCUGGUGGUAGCAUCUACAACAACUGUUCUCCUGUGCUCACAGCUGCCCGCGAUGGUGCCAUUGCCAUCCUCCAGGAGCUCCUAGGCCAUGGCGCAGAGGUCAAUGUCAAGGCCAAACUACCAGUCUGGGCAUCAAACAUAGCUUCAUGUUCUGGCCCCCUCUAUUUAGCUGCAGUCUAUGGGCACCUUGACUGUUUCCGUUUGCUUUUGCUCCAUGGGGCAGACCCCGACUACAACUGCACAGAUCAGUGCCUUUUGGCUCGUGUCCCACGACCCCGCACCCUCCUUGAAAUCUGCCUUCACCAUAAUUGUGAGCCAGAGUACAUCCAGCUGUUAAUCGACUUUGGUGCUAACAUCUACCUUCCAUCUCUCUCUUUGGACCUGACCUCGCAAGAUGAUAAAGGUGUUGCAUUGCUGCUACAGGCCCGAGCUACCCCACGGUCACUACUAUCACAGGCCCGCUUAGUUAUCCGCAGAGCACUGUGCCAAGCUGGCCAGCCACAAGCCAUCAACCAGCUGGAUAUUCCCCCCAUGUUGAUCAGCUACCUCAAACACCAACUGUAAUCUUGCAGUCUUCCCAGGAGCCCAUGAUGCCUCCAAAAACCACCUGGGGACCCAGGUAGUUGGAGGGCACUACAGUUCCACCCACCUAUCUGAAGCUGCUCUCCUGCAUUAUCCUCCACAAUAAAAUUCUUCACAAAAUAA